AUGUCCGUUGGAUACCUCAAGAAGUUUAUGUGCGGCGUUGGCAGCACCCGGUGCAACCAGAGCUACUUGACCAAUCUGCCCGAGUUCUUCGUCAGGAAGGCGCUUUAUGGGCUGUUCGCGAAGUCGCCUUUCAUGGCCCUCGACGAGUUUGAGCCUCAAUCGUUUUGCAGAACACUUGACAAGUCAAUACCUCCACAUUUGAUUGUGCAAUCAACUGGUCAAACCCUUUCCCCUUUCAUGGCACUAAGUCGAAACAUCAAGAAGCAGCAAAAACUCUUGUUGGACGAGUACGAACGUUUGGGCAAGCCGCUGGACAAGAUGACUCUGAAAGAGCUGGUAGUCCAGGUCGACCGCGAGCUUUCGCGCCACCAGUGCUUCGUUGUGCACAAGCCUGACACCAAGGGCCCGAACGGGGAGGAACGCAUUCUGUCCAACACAAAGGUUUCGAUUUGGUUGCCCAAGGGAAAAUGGCAUGAGGAGAUCCACUUCACUGAUGAGGGGACUCCUUUCAUCUAUGAUGAAGGCACCAAAGCCUCCCACUUCUGCAUCGACCUCAUGAAAAAAUACUUGGACACACCAAGUGGUAGCCAGACAGGCCCAGCCAACAGCACAUCCAACACCCGGAAAGUCCCGCUCCCGUUGCCCGGCAGUGAUGCCAAGAAGCCAGAGUCCUCAGCGCCCGCCAGCAGCGUGCCAUUGCCGGGGAUGAAGCCUCACGAGAAGGGCAACACGGUGUUGCCCCUGUUCUUGAAGGAGGCGCGCAGCGCCCUGUGUGCGGCUGCGGCCUGGACCGCCAAGUCUAACAUCAAGCGCCCGGAUCCAGAAACUCCUGCCCUGGCAGCAUCCCCCGAAAAGAAGAAGAAGGUGGCCAGCGCCCCCAUGAUGCCAGACUCUAGUGAAAGUGAAGCUGAGUCCUCGUCCGAGGAGGACAUCAAGGAGUUCAAGCUGAUCCAGGACAGUACCACCGGCCAGUACUCUGUUGAGUGGGACCACCCGAAGGGCAAGCUCACACAGCAGCUUCCUGCUGAGGGCCGCAACUACAAGCUGCACCGCUGUGAGAAGGAUGGAAAGCACUUUGGGGAGGUUUUCGCAGCCAGCAAGACAAAUGAGGGGCCCUCUGUGUGGAUGGUGAAGCUUUUUCAGAGGUCGCUCAAAGCCCCCUUGUCCAACGCAAGUGUGGACAGUGCGCAAUUGAAGGCCUUGCAAGCGCCCAAGUCCCCUCAGCCUACUACACCCAAGAGUGACAAGAAAGCUGAGGGGCAGCCAGACCGUGAAAAUCAGGGCACCAGCUCCGAAUCAACCACCGCCGCGCCUGAGAUGGCCCUGAAGGCCAAGGCAAAGGCAGCCUCCCCACAGCCCAAGCCCAAGCUUGUGCACUGUGCCACAGUGUCCAGGUUCUUCACAGCGCUGCCAGAGGAAAAGUCCUCUCCCAACGCAGCACCGGAUGAGGAAGCUCUUCAGUGCAAAGCCAUGAACAUUUUGGCCUACAACCUUCAUUCCAGAAUUUUGCUGGAGCCGGAGUACGCAAGCGAGGCUGCUGCGGCCAGUGUAGGGGCUGCUGAAGAACAAGAAGAAGAGCCCGACAAAGCAUAUGAGGAUGAGGAGCCACAAACCAAGGAAGAGAUGAAAAGAAUUCGGGAGCGCUUCAAAAACAACCGGGCCACGGUUUGCCACUUCUACCAUCAGCGUGCCGAGUCUCCGGUGGGCAGCAGCGAGGGCAUCUGGCAAGUGGUAUAUUGUCAUGACAGCCUGUCCGGGCUGAGUGGAGAUGAGUGGUUGCAAGAAGAGAAGAAGACACUGCAGAAACUCCAUCAGUACACCCUACAGUGGGUGAAGUUUCUUUACACCAUCACGGCGCCAGUGCUUCGGACAAUUCAGUGGCCACAGCUGCGACUGACUCUCGCGGACUUCAUGCGGCUCAACACCAGCAAGAACAAGACCGCAACUUCCCGCCAGGAAAUGCAUCAGAAAACAUUCCGCGUUGCUCGAGACUCUUUGGCUAAGUCACCUGCGCUCAAAAAGGAGCUGACCCCUCUUGCCCUGCAGAAGAAGUACAAGAACGCUGGAACUAUUGCAAACCAAAAAGCUGCAGCUGCCACGGCGUGGAUCACUCAUCACACUGGCAAGUGGGAGCUGUGCGGGCUGGCAUGGGCAGGAGUCUUCCUUCAAAAGGGGUCUCUUUUUCGAGAUCGCGCUGGGAGGCUUGCCAUGAGCUUUGGGUUUCGUGAGUGGGGGGCGCUUGGUACGGUUCUGGAGGAGAUCUCCGUGAAUGGGGAGGAUUCUUGGGUAGUGUACGCCGUGUUCAGAGACUCUGGCGCGCUUCCAAUGUGGAUGUUCAACCAUUCGGUUGCCCGGGACUCUUUGUGGAAGAAGGUGCCGUUUGAGUUGACGCUGCCAGCCCUGGCGCCGAAGCAACUGGCAGGGCGUGGCUGUGUCAUCAAGUGCUCGCAAAUCGAAGAGGAGAUUGUUCCUGCUGCAAUUCACUCAGGAAUUUUCCUGACCCGUGACCAGCUUUGGAGCUUGCACUUGGCUGAAACUUUCAAGCUUCCCCCAAAAAAGGAGGGGUCUGGAAAGAGAGGGGCCCUAGUCAAGAGUGACCUGGCAAAGGCCGCCAUCAACCAUUACUUCCCCAUGGCGCCACAAGAAGAUUUUCAGGACAUGUUUGAGCGGUUGAUGGGGGCAACCCGCACAGUGGCUUGCCCCCAAGAACUCUUGGACGCAAUAUCCGCCCUUGACCCAAUUGCGCAAGAAGACUUCGAACACAUCAAAGAGGUUUGCAAGAACCAGAAGGCUGCCCAGGCACACAUCAAAAAGACGCCGCCCCCCAGCGUCCCUCCUGAGCAUCUGGUUCCCGUGGCUUCUGACCUCAAGGAUGUCGCUGUCCCAAAGGAUGUGGUGUUGAAGGCUCCUUCGAGUGGCACGUAUGAGAAGAAAUCAUUUACACCGGGAACCUUGCAGUCUCUUAUUCCUGGCCGUGGGUCUUUGCCAUAUGUGUAUUUGAAGCGCCUACCGGGGAACAAGAGCAAGGUGUACCAAGGCUUCUACCCAGGUGCAUCCAACACCGGCUUUUUUGGGGGGCAUCUGUUUUUCCCAUUUUAG